AUCCAUGAUUAACUUACUUAAGCACAAGGAUCGUGAUCAGCUCACAGAGUGGAUUGGUGCAGAAUGUUACUUCCAGCUUCUAUAUAAAAUAACGAGGGAUGGCGCAUCGGGACAAAAGUUCCAUAAACUGUGUGAUAAUAAGGGACCCACAGUGACCGUCUUCUACAACACAGACAACAAUGUUUACGGGGGAUAUCUGUUUGAAAGUUGGCACCAAAGUAAAACCUGGAGUAAAGACGAAAAUUCCUUUUUGUUUCAGUUAUAUCAAAGAGGCAAAUGGAAAGCUAAAAAAUUUCCCUCAAUCGUGGACCAAGGAAAUAAUUUUUGGGGGAGCAUUGACCAUGGUCCAUGGUUUUAUGAUUUGCAUUCUUUUCAUCAGAGUGUUGAAAAAACAUCGGGGUUCUACGUAUUAGAUGGUAGCGAUUUCUUUCGCGGUGAUCGUUAUGAUAUGGAAGGAAAGAAUGCGCAGACAAUCGCAAAUAAUCAUAACAAUGUCGUGGACCUUGAAGUUUAUCUUGUCAAAGGGACCCUUGAUAGACCAUGGAGGGAUCCACCACAAUGGAAUUCGCAGUUUUACAGUGAAAUCAAGUCACUUAUAUCUACAUAUGGACCUUUUGAAGGCGCACAGACUUCGGCAUCAAACAUUUUGCUCAUUGGACAGAGCGGCUCCGGAAAAUCAAGCUUUGUCAACACUAUUAACACUAUCUUCAAAGGAAAAAUUUCCUCCAGGGCAUGCACAGGAAGUAGAUUUAAUAAUCAAAGUUUGACAAAAAAUUUUAUGAGAUACAUAAUUCGGGAUUCUGCUGAAAACAAAAACUUGAAGUUCAGGAUUUGUGAUACGUUAGGAAUAGAUACAAACCAAACACUUUCGAGUAAAUGGAUGAAUGACAAAGAUUUAGGAUACAUGCUGGAUGGAAAUUUACCAAAUCAGUAUACUUUUAAUUUAAAUUCUUUUGCGUCAGAGCAUGUAAAGGGGUUUGUUAAAAAUCCAACCUUGCAAGAAAGAACUCAUGUGGUUUGUUUCGUCAUUGAUGCAAGCAACAUAGGAUCCAUAACAAAAGGAAUUACUGACAAACUCCAGCAGAUCAAGGAAAAUGUGGCUGACAGGGGUAUACCGCAUUUAAUAAUCCUGACAAAAAUAGACCUCCUGUGUGAAUUGGUCGAUCAUGAUGCCAGCAAUGCCUUUGUAAGCGAAAAAAUUGAGAUGGCAGUUAAUCAAGCUGCAGCAAUUAUGAAGGUGCCAAGAAAUCAUGUGUUCCCUGUAAAGAACUACGAAAAGGAACUACAUCUGCAGAUGAACAUGAACAUUUUAGCACUCAGUGCAUUAAACCAGGUCCUCCUAUUUGCAAACGAUUAUUUGGAAAACCAAUACCAAUUACAAAAGGAAAGUGAACAUGAACUGAAUUCAAAGAACUAA